AGAUGCACAAAACCUCUACUAAAGUUGCAGGGGUCUUGGGAGAGAAAGAGGAGCCUCAUGGUGAUGGCUCUACUGGUCCAAACCGUCCACUACCUUCUGUCCAGGAUGUGACGCGGUCUACAGCACCAGCUAUGAAGAGGAACCUGGAGGACCAGGCAAGGGAAGAAGACUCGAGGCCUAAUCACGCCAUUUUAUCAGACACAUCCACACCUAGAAAAGUCAUUAAACGCAUCACCASCAAACGGAAGGAUAUCUUUGAUUUGCUCCUGCAGAGCAACCCGUUCGACCUAGACAGUGUUCUAUUGGCGGCCCAGACAGGAAAUGGUCAGGCGACAACAGGAAGUCUUCAUGACUCUGUUGAUUCGGUUGUGUUGAGAAGUCGAAGCGCAGGUUUUCUGCUGGAGACAGCAGAUUUCAAAGGAAAAGAGGAAGGAAAGGAAUGGAACAAAGAAAAGCAGGAAAUGACCAAAUCCUCAGAGGAGCUAACUCUAACUCAAGAUGGGAAUCUCUCCCAGCAUACUGACCAGAGCCAGAGAGAGGAGAUCACUAUAGAUAGUUAUCUCUCCCAGCAUACUGACCACUGCCAGAGCCAGAGAGAGGAGAUCACUCUAGAUAGGAAUCUCUCCCAGCAUACUGACCAGAGCCAGAGAGAGGAGAUAGUAUGCUGGGAGAGAUUCCUCUGA